CCGCUUUCCCUCGCAGAAAAAAAAGUUGGGAGGCUCACAGAUCGAUACAGCUAACGAAGAAAUUACAACCUCGAACCCCAUACUCGACCUAUAUCCAAUAUGUCGGCCAUCGGAUCCCUUGUUUUCUGCACUGACUGUGGCUCCUUGCUGGAUGGCUCAAUUGGAGACCCGAGCAAGAUUCUGAUCUGCGAUAUUUGCGGAGCUAAGAACAAAGACACCGUUCCCCAGACUAUCGUGUCCGAAUCCAAGCCCAGUGCUUUCCCCUCAUCUCUCAGGGCAAAGCGAUCUGCCGUCCAGACUUUGACCGCGGAGGACAGAAAGACGGAAGCCCUUGCCCAGCACACAUGCGCCCAGUGUGGUAGAAAGGAAAUGUACUUCACGACAGUACAAUUGCGCAGCGCCGACGAAGGAAGUACAGUUUUCUACACGUGUGUUUGUGGUUACAAGGAGACGACCAACAACUAAAAUGCGAAAAUCAUGACGUCUAUUUUUUUGGCCCUUAUUUGUACAUCUAUGAGGC